GCGACAACAUCCCUCUUCUUUUAAUGUUCAUAGGCUAAUGUUGACAAUAAAGCUCCACAUUUGUUUAUCAUAUGCGAGAAUAUGAGUCGUUAAAUUAUAAUAAUGAAUCGUACAAGCAAGUCUUAUCUUAAAGUACUAGUUUCCUAUUAUAUAUAGAGUAAAAACAACCGGAAGUCCACCCUUCGUGUGUAAACACAUGACUUGUAGUCGUGUCUGAUACUCAAUUAUGCCAAAGCUCUUUGACAUAAAGUUUCCAGGAGAAUGUAAGACUCUUCCCGAAGGCUUUUGGUCGGCGGUGGACGUGUGGAUAAAGAAACCUCACGUUGUAAACAAGCGCCUUUGCGGAGUUAAGGUGACGGAGAGUAAAGACGUGGGCAGAGAGGCUCUGCGGUUCCUGCUGGAUGCUCCUGCGCUCACUGACGAGGUGCUGUCCUUCAUAGCCGACAGAGUUUCACCGGCACAGGCGCACGAAAAGGAAAAGCCCUGGUCUUCUAGUGUCAAAACUGUUAUUCCUAAAGUGAACAGUUAUGGGACAAACCUGCACAAAGAGGUCAUACUCAAAGACUUUGGCAGACAACUAGUGACCUUUCUUCCAUUUGAAGAGGAUUCAGAAGGACAGGUGUCUCUAAAGAGGGGCAACAUUUAUCAGUUCCAGCUCCUCCAUCAGGACUUUGAGGAAUGGGCCCUGGAGCUGCACGUUUUGGCCUCAGACGCCUGGUUCUCUGAUGGCGUGGCCUACCCGAAGCUGCCCUGGAUGUCCACUGACCUGCUGCCUAAACUGGUGCGCUGGGCCACUGAGUGCAAGAGCAGUGAGUUCAAGAGCACCUUGUCCCUGCUGCCGGUGGAGAAGUACAGCGUCAUGUACCAGCAGCUGAAGGAGAAGUACAAGGCCAUGGUCAAGAUUUGGCCCGAGGUUACAGAUCCUGAGAAAUUUGUCUAUGAGGAUGUUGCCAUUGCUACAUAUCUCCUUGUGCUUUGGGCUGAGGAGCGAGCAGAGAAAGGUCUGACCGCCAGACAGUCCUUUGUGGACCUGGGCUGUGGAAACGGCCUCCUGGUUCACAUCCUGGCCAAUGAGGGGCAUCCUGGAAAGGGCAUCGAUGUUCGGAAGAGGAAGAUCUGGGACAUGUACGGCCCCCAGACUCUGCUCGAGGAAAAGGCAAUUACUCCCAGUGAGAGCUUCUUAUUCCCGGGUACGGACUGGCUGAUUGGGAACCACUCGGACGAGCUCACACCAUGGAUCCCCGUUCUAGCUGCCAGGUCGUCUUAUUCAUGCCGAUACUUCGUCCUCCCAUGCUGUUUCUUCGACUUCUAUGCCAAAUACCAGAGACGCCAGUGUAAGAAGUCUCAGUAUAAAGAAUACAUCGACUUCAUCGCGGAGGUCAGCCAAGUCAGUGGCUUCAACGCUGAGGAGGACUGCCUGAGAAUACCGUCCACCAAACGGGUGUGUCUGGUGGGAAAGUCGAGGAACUACCAGCUAUGCGACGAGGCCGAGGCCGAGCAGCGAAGAGCUCGUUACAUCCAGAGCCACCAGACCACCUCUGGGGCCACAGUGAAAAGGUCAGGCAUCGGAACUGACGGGGACAGUUGCCAUGGGAACAAAGACACUGACGGGACCCCCGACAGCAGCUGGGGAGCAGGGUUCCAGCCCAGAGACAGGGUCGAAACGGUUCGAAACUGCGCUGCUCUCCCGCGGGACUUUGUUGACGGUGUCGUCCUGCAGGUUGCUAAUGUUCUUCUGGGAAUGACUGAGGAUGACGGCGGGGCGUCCUCCGCUGACUGGAAUCGAGGAGGCAGCCUCUCUGUGAGCGAGGUCGCUGGGCUGUUGGUGCAGGAAACCCUGCAGCUCCUGAAGAAGGAGUGCGGAGGCCUUCAGACGCUGCUCAAGAACAACCACCAAGUCUUUCGAGUAGAAGGAGGAAGGGUGUUCAUACGAGAUUGGCGGGACAGGAAGUCCUCCAGGGCGGAUACCAAGAGGAAGCCUGUUGCCCCUGGUGCCCUGAAAACUCGCCCCUGCUGGUUCUAUGACCACCACCGUCAGCGCUGCCCCCUGCAGGCUGAACACUGUGCUUUCGCCCACGGACCGGAUGAGCUGCGACCCUCCACCAGACCUGUGAAGAAGAUGAGAACCGACGCCUUUUGAUUGGCUCGUUGCUCAUGAACACUUUAGUUGAACUCAUUUAUUUCGCUGAUUUUGUUUACGUUGCGUCUCUACUUUUCUGAUUUAACAGCAUUCAUUCUGUCCAUUGAACCGCCUGGAAAAGUCCCCACGUCCAGCUCCGCAGCCACAAAGAGGAGGGUCCUCUUUCUUGUGCGUGAGGCCACCAAAAUGUGAUGCUUUCUGGUGCAGCUUUCGUUUCAUCUCUGAUUUUAUUCUUCUUUUUUAUUUUAUAAAAUGGUAUACUUACUGUAUUAAAGUGUAUUUUCAAGCAGC